AUGGAUAAAGAGAACUAUUCAACAUAUAUAACUCUUGAUGGACAUGUGGAAGUUCAGAAAUAUAGGUACCUGUAUUUUAUGAUUGUUUUUAUUGUUUAUAUUCUAAUAAUCUGUAGUAAUUCUACUAUUGUGUACUUAAUCUGGAAGCACCAAAAUCUCCAUGAGCCUAUGUACAUUUUCAUCGCAGCUUUGCUACUUAACUCUAUUCUUUUCAGCACUAACAUCUACCCAAAGCUUCUGACUGACCUUCUGUCUGAACAACAGAUCACAUCUUAUGAAGGCUGUCUUAUUCAGUAUUUUAUGUUUUACACUUUUAAUGGUUCCGAAUUCUUACUGUUAGCAGCCAUGUCCUAUGACCGAUAUGUGUCAAUAUGUAAACCUCUCCAAUAUCCAGCUAUUAUGAGAAAAAGCACUGUUAAUAUCUUGCUGGCUUCAGCUUGGCUUCUACCUGCCUUUCAGCUCGUGCCACUAGCAGCAAUAAGUGCAAGUACGCAGCUCUGCAGCUUUACCCUGAACGUUGUUUUUUGCAAUAAUUCAAUUUACAAACUUCACUGUGUGUGGUCAAGAGUAAUAACUAUAUAUGGGCUGUAUGUUUUUCUAAAUGUUAUAGUGAUGCCCAUACUUUUCAUACUUUUCACAUACAGUAAAAUUUUCUUGAUUACCUAUCAAUGUUCCAGGGAAGUCAGGAAAAAAGCUGCAGAGACCUGUUUACCUCACCUUCUGGUUUUGAUCAACCUUUCCUUUUACAGUACAUUCGAUGUUAUCAUAGUCAGGGUAGAAUCGAAUAUCACAAAGACUGCACGUUUAAUAAUGGUUUUACAAAUGGUGUUGUAUCACCCUCUCGUUAAUCCGAUCAUAUAUGGACUAAAAAUGAAGGAAAUCUCUAAACACCUUAAGAAGCUGUUGUGUCAAGAUAACAUGAACUAA